AUGCUUCGUCCAUUCAUCUCUAAAAAGGAAGUACCAAAGAAAGAAUCAAAGAAAAGUAGAGAUACCGACACAGAAACCCACACAGAGAAACCUACGUGCAUGGAUAACUUAUUUCGUAAGUUUGCGAAGUUAGUGUUCGGUGAGAAACAUGAGAGCAAGAAAAUUAUUGUUAAAGGGAAAGUGGUGUUGAUGAAGAAGAACUUGCUCGAUUUCAAUGACUUGGGUGCCUCCGUUCUUGAUCGAGCUCAUGAGUUUUUCGGUCAACAUAUAUCUAUCCAGUUCGUAAGUGCAACUCAUGCAGAUGACGGAUCGUCAGACAAAAAGUUGAAAGGGAAGCUUGGGGAACCAGCAAUCUUGGAGGACUGGAUAAGCACCAUCACUCCUCUCACUGCCGCUGAAUCAACAUAUGAAGUCACAUUUGAUUGGAGUGAAGAAAUGGGACUCCCAGGAGCAUUUAUAGUAAAAAAUCUUCACCACAGUCAAUUUUAUCUCAUGACACUCACUCUCGAUGAUGUUCCUGGUUAUGGGGAAGUCCAUUUUGUUUGUAACUCAUGGGUUUAUCCUGUUGAAAACUAUACCAAAGAUCGUGUCUUCUUUACUAAUAAGGCAUAUCUUCCUGAUGAGACACCUGAGUUGCUACGUUACUAUAGAGAACAAGAACUUGAAAUCUUGAGAGGAAAUGGAACUGGGAUGCUUGAGGAAUGGGACAGGGUUUAUGAUUAUGCUUUGUACAAUGACUUAGGAGAUCCAGAUGAUAAGAAGAAUGUGCGCCCUGUUAUUGGAGGGUCAUCGGAGUAUCCCUACCCUCGUAGGGGAAGAACAGGAAGAAAACCAACGAACUCAGAUCCUAAAACUGAGAGCAGGCUUUUUCUCAUUGAGAGUUAUAAGAUAUAUGUUCCAAGGGAUGAGCGAUUUGGGCACUUGAAGAGGUCUGACUUUCUGUCUUAUGGAUUAGAAGCCAUCCUUAAGUUUCUUCUCCCCGAGUUUCAGUCUCUAACUGACGCUACCCUAGACGAAUUUGACAAUUUUGAAGAUUUCAUGAAGCUUUACAAUGGAGGAAUCAAGCUUCCUGAAGGCCCUGUACUUGAGACUAUUCUAAAAGACAUUCCUUUACAAGUGGUGAAAGAACUUAUUCGAUCGGAUGGAGAGGGACUAUCCAGAUAUUCGAUACCAAAAGUCAUCGAAGCUGACCCAUUGGCUUGGAGCACCGAUGAAGAAUUUGCGAGAGAAAUGGUGGCUGGACUCAACCCAGUUGUGAUCAAACUAUUGAAAGAGUUCCCUCCAACAAGCAACCUGGAUGAAAAACUCUAUGGUGACCAAACUAGUUCAAUAAGAUCACAUCACAUAGAGGAACAUCUUGAUGGUGUAGAUGUACAGGAGGUGCUAAAAGCAAAUAGGCUAUUUAUACUGGAUCAUCAUGACUCAUUGAUGCCAUAUGUGAGGCGAUUAAAUGAAACUUCCAGCAAGAUUUACGCCACUAGAACUUUGCUCUUAUUACAAACGGAUGGAACUUUAAAACCAAUAGCUAUCGAGUUAAGUUUGCCUCAUCCAGAUGGUGAUCAUCUUGGCGCCAUUAACAAAGUAUGCACCCCCGCUAAAGAUGGUGUGGAAGCUGCAAUUUGGAAGUUGGCCAAAACAUAUGUAACAGUGAAUGAUUCUGGAGUUCAUCAACUUAUCAGCCACUGGUUGAAUACACAUGCUUGUAUUGAGCCAUUUAUUAUAGCAACAAAUAGACAGUUAAGUGUGCUCCAUCCCAUCUACAAGCUUCUCCAUCCUCAUUUCCGUGAUACAAUGAACAUCAACGCAUCUGCUAGGGUUGUCUUGAUCAAUGCUGGAGGUAUUCUUGAAAGAACUUUCUUUACAGGUCCAUAUUCAAUUGAAAUUUGCUCCAAGAUAUACAAGAACUGGGUGUUCCCGAAUCAGGCUCUCCCUAAGGACCUUAUCUUGAGGGGAUUGGCUGUUGAGGACUCUGAUUCUCGUCAUGGACUUCGUUUACUGAUUGAAGACUACCCAUAUGCUGUAGAUGGGCUUGAGAUUUGGUCAGCGAUUAAAGCAUGGGUUGAGGAUUACUGUAAGUUCUAUUACAAAGACGAUAACAUGGUGCAAAAUGACGCUGAACUGCAAUCUUGGUGGAAGGAAGUUCGAGAGGAGGGACAUGGUGACUUGAAAGACGAGCCAUGGUGGCCUACAGUGAGUUCGGUUCAAGACCUGAUUGACAAUUGCACCAUAAUCAUAUGGGUGUCUUCUGCUCUUCACGCAGCUGUAAACUUUGGGCAAUACCCUUAUGCUGGUUAUCCACCCAAUCGUCCGACUCUAACCCGCAGGCUUAUUCCAGAAAGAAACAAUACUCUCGAGUACAAGGAACUAGAAGAGGAUCCCGAGAAAUUCUUUUUGAAAACCGUUACUCCUCAAUUGCAGUCGCUUAUCAGUGUGUCUUUGAUUGAGAUAUUAUCGAGACAUACGUCGGAUGAGAUAUACCUUGGGCAAAGAGAGUGUCCUGGGUGGACCAUGGAUGCAGAACCUUUGAAGGCAUUCGAAAAAUUUGGUGAGAGGCUUAAAGAAAUUGAGGAAAGAAUUGUGAAGAUGAAUGAAGAUGAGAGGUUGAAGAAUAGGUAUGGACCUGCAAAGGUACGAUACACCCUACUGAUGCCCAGUAGUGAAGAAGGGCUUACUGGAAGGGGUAUACCUAAUAGUGUGUCGAUAUGA